CGUGCGCGGACAAAGGCAGCGCGCGCCGCGAGGUGUGGCGUCUGGUGGCCCGGCGGAGCUGCUGCGGGCUCGUGGGGUUCUCGCCGCCGCCGCCCUCGCCCGCUCCUCCUCGUCCCCUUCUCCCGGCCCCGGGAGCCCUAGCCCGGGGAGGAGCGCCCUUGUUGAGUGUGGAGCUUGAGCAGAGCCAGAGCUGGUGACAGCAUGACGAGCGAGGUGAUAGAAGACGAGAAGCAGUUCUACUCAAAGGCCAAGACGUACUGGAAGCAGAUCCCACCCACGGUGGACGGCAUGCUUGGGGGGUAUGGCCACAUCUCCAACAUCGACCUCAGCAGCUCCCGGAAGUUCCUGCAGAGGUUCCUGAGGGAAGGCCCAAACAAGACAGGAACGUCCUGUGCUCUGGACUGUGGAGCUGGCAUUGGGAGGAUCACCAAGCGGCUGCUCCUGCCACUGUUUAAAGUGGUGGAUAUGGUUGACAUGACAGAGGACUUUCUGGCCAAGGCCAAGAGCUACCUGGGGGAGGAGGGCAAGAGGGUAAGGAACUACUUCUGCUGCGGUCUGCAGGACUUCAGGCCGGAGCCUGGCUCUUACGACGUGAUCUGGAUCCAGUGGGUGAUCGGCCACCUGACUGAUCAGCAUCUGGCUGAGUUCCUGCGGCGCUGUAAGCAGGGCCUCCGCCCCAAUGGCAUCAUUGUCAUCAAAGACAACAUGGCCCAGGAGGGUGUGAUCCUGGACGAUGUGGACAGCAGUGUGUGCCGGGACCUCGACGUGGUCCGCAGGAUCAUCCGCAGCGCAGGCCUCAGUCUCCUGGCUGAGGAGAGGCAGGAGAACCUCCCUGAUGAGAUCUACCACGUCUACAGCUUUGCCCUGAGAUGAGCAGGAGAAAGCCAGGGACCAGAGCCAGGGUGGGGGGUGCUGGCAGCUGGUGUGGCUCAGGAGUGUCAAGGGGCCGCUAAAUAUAUGUCUGCUGUCCACUCGCUAUAGACUCACUUCUUAAAAGGCAAAGUGGGAGCCGCUGGGGAGGGCUCUGCUGAAGCAGACAGGCCACACCGCCUACUUGACGGGACCUGGUGAUCGCUCCAAAAGUGCCUGCCUGAUGGGGAGUCACCUUAACUUAGCUAAAGAGGCCCAGAAGUGUGAAGAAAUGUCUUCACCUAGAGCAAAGCCAGGUGGGGCAGCUGAGGACAUCUGCACACUGCUGGCUGGAUGGACCCAGAAUGGCACCUGCCGGGCGGAGCCACUUAUGGGAACAUUCAUGGUCCAAGACCGUUCUGGUGGCAGCUUCGCGAUGGUCACAACAGCCUGCAGCCAGGGGAGAUGUCUGGCCUCAUCUUCACUGCACUUGGGGUUCCUUCAUGGCAGGCAUUUGCAGGCAAAAAUAAAAGGGCAGAUCCCUGUACUUUUAAGG